UUUGAGAACACACACUCUCUCUCUCUCCAGUUCGUCCAUUCUAGGACGCUCCGAACCCAUGGACGACCUCCCCCUCGAAAAGAUCCAAAUCUCCGGCCCCACCCUCUCCUCCCUCCUCCACCGCUUCUCCUCCUCCCCCUCCGACGUCGACGGCCUCCUCUUCGGCCACGUCACCCCCCUCCCCACCACCACUCUCUCCGACCACCCCUCCCCCACCUCCCUCUCCCCACCUCUCGUCGCCACCGUCACCUCCUUCUUCUGCUCCUCCUCCACCUCCUCCUUUUACUCCCCCUCCGGCCUACUCCACCUCCCUUCCCUCCGCAACCUCGUCUCCUCCACCUCCUCCUCCCCCACCUCCGACUCCCUCCUCGGCUGGUUCUCCGCCCGCCGCCGCACCCCCUCCCGCCCCUCCAUGCGCGAAGCCCACGUCACCUCCUCCCUCUCCUCCAAGAUCCAGUUCUCCUUCCAAGUCCAAAACUCCACUCAAACAUUCACUCUCCCACCUUGCAUCUUCCUCCUCCUCACGACACCGUUCCACAACCCCCUUAUCCACACGCACGAGUACCGGGCGUACCAGUUCCGGAUCUCGGACGAGUCUUUCGAGGCCAAAACCCUAGACGUGGUCAACAUCGGGCCCGCUUUCCGGGGACAUUACGGCUCGUUCUGCCCUAAUUCGCCGUUCCCGUUGAUGGAUUGCGAUCCUGCGAGAUUUAAUUCGAUGGCGGAGGAUCGGAAUUGUGAGAAGGGGGGUGAGAAGAAUGAGAGGGAGGAGGUGGAUUUGCGUACUGUGGGGUUUGAUGCGGGGCGGUUGAGCCGGCUGGUGGGGCCGGAAGCGGGAAAGUAUACGGGAGAGUUGGAGGACUUGUACAAGCAAAUGCUUGCCAAGUUGGAAGGAUUGGCAAGGGUUGUGGAGAAGGGGUCAGCUAGGGUUAUGGAGCAGGAAAAUCACAAUAUGAAGCUGAGGUACCGAGUUGCAGGCUUGGAGUAGUUGAUUGUAACUUGGUCGUGUUCUUUUUGUUAUUGAAGAUUUUUGAAGAGGAAAGUGCCCAGACACAAUAGCCCAGCUUGAAUUGUGAAACAACCAACAGUUCAUCUCCAGAACUGCUACUGGCAGUGGUGCUUCUCGUGGUUUGAUUGUUGGUGGCUUUUGCCUUUUGAGAUUGAUGGUGGCUUUGAGAUUGAUGGUGGCUUAAACCUGCCCAAAUUCGAACCUGCCAGACACCAUCUAUGUUUUGUACUAUAUUUGUUGUUCAUGUCCUGAUUUUGUGCAUCCUCGCCCAAGAGGUUUAUAUAUGUCAGGAUGCAAAGAUCUGUUUGGAUGGAAGAAUAUGAUCGUGUGUUGUUUUGGUCUCUUUGUUUAUGUAUUGAUUGCUUUGCAA